AUGAAUAAACUUAAUAAAAAUGCUUAAAUAGAAAACUAUGAGGUUAACUUAGAGAAAGGUCAACAAAUAAUAAAUGAAGGAUAUUCGUAUUUUUUUUCAAAUAUUAAAUUAGAUUUUCUAAUUUUGUCGUUAAAGAGAUUCAAUAGCACCCAUAAGUGCAAGGCAUUAUUGCUGCUACAAAUUCUAUGAGAAUUAAUAAAGGAGGAAAAAAAAAUCAAAAUUUUAGAGACAGUUUUACAAAUCGUCAACUUGGUUAUCAAAUUUAAUUUAAUUCUAAAUAAGAACAUAAUCUGAGCUUUUUAGGUUUUUAUAAUAUAGUAUUAUUUCCUGAAUUGUAAAAUAAGUCUGUAGAAAUUAAGAAUGAAUUCCAAUCGAGUAGUUUCAUGUUCGGAACACUUGAGAUAUUUUACUAUUUUGUAUCAGCCAAGAUAAACUACAAAGAAAUUUAAAAUGUUAAACUACAAAAGUUAAUUAAACCAGAAGAAAAAUUUUAAUAUUCUGAUUGUUGGAUUUUAGCCUUGUGGUAAUAUACUGAUUAUUUUAAACUGAUAAAUUUCUACAACAAUUUAGUUGAUAUAGGAUCAAGUUAUGUAUAAAUUUAAUAAAUUUUUGACAAUUUCGAAAUAAUACUAAAACUACUAUAACUAUAUUGUAGGUAGGAUAAUUCUUAAUAUGAUAUAUUUAGUAUAGAAUCAGAGGAUGAUUUAGAUGCAUCUUUCUCAACUAUUGAUUCUCUAUCUAUUUUUGAGGACUCUUUAAAAAUCAAAUAAUAACUCUAUGAAAGAUUAAUAGAAGAUCUUUUUAAGAAUUAAAGUGAUUAAUAAGUCAAAUAAGAAGCCAUUACUUUUUGUUAACAAUCCUUUUUGGAUAAAGUUACUGGCUUUCAUGCAUUUUAAGUGGCAGAAAAAAGAAUAGUAGGAUUAACUAAUUAUUUAUACAGAAUUACGAUGAACUUAAUUGAAGACAGAAUAAAUGAUUUUUUGUCAAAUAAAUACUAAAUUUUAAAGUUAAAUUAAUUUUAAUAGAAUUUACUUUAUAUUCACUUAUCUGACUAUGAUGAAGAUGAAAAAUAAUAAAAUCAAGCUUUUCAAUUAUUAAUGGAUUGCUUAUUAAAUGAAACUUUAAAAACUUUGAGCAUAGCCUAAGGAACUUAAUAAGUUAAAUCACCUUUUGAAAUAUGGAUUUAAGAAAACUCAUUGAAUAAGAAAAGCAUUGAAAAUUUAUUUGGAAAAUAAGAAGAUAAAGAUUAAGAUUCAGGCUUAAUUUCAACAAAAUUUAUAUGGCAUUAAAACCCUGUUAUUUAUAGAAUUCAAGGUUUUUACUAAUUGAUGAAAUUUGAUAUUACUCCAAAUGAAAAAAAAUAGAUAUUACUCAGUUAAUAAAUAAUUUCCUAAAAAGAUCAAAAUAAUGAUGUAAUAAACAUGCUAACAUUAGUUAAAUAGCAAUAUGAAUAUCUCAAAUAAUUCUAAAAAGUUUAAGAAUAAGAAAUAAUAGUUUAGAAUAUACCUAAAAACUUAGAGAUUUAAUAAACAAAGCAAUCUUGA